CCAUUGGGCAGUUCGGGAAAUAGGCUGAUAAACCGCGAUAUGCCUGUGCAGUGUGUGCGCUGUGGAGGUGCUGCACCUUGGCUCAGUUUGACCGGGGAAAGACGGUCAAAUGCCGCCAACCCCGAACCAGAUCCGGGAGCAACUGCUCAAUGCAAUAGACCAAGAUGCCAAAGUCAUUAACAUGGUUGGAGUGUUGGAAGCGAUAGCAUGCCUAGAGAACAUUCAAAUCACCAAAGAAGCUCUUGAGGAAACACGUCUUGGCAAGAUCGUCAAUGACAUCCGCAAGAACACAGAAGACAGUGCGCUUUCAGUAAGAUGUAAGAAGCUGGUCCGCGUCUGGAGCAAGCAGUUUGUCAGAGGAUCACCAAGCGCCGGGAAGACAGCCAGCAGCAGUACUCAGGAUGCAACUACCAACAGGCAACCCACCCCACCUACCCAAGGGACUACCUCUGCACAGUCAUCGGGAGGUAACAGAACUCCUUCCCUCAAGACCCAGACAUCUACCACUCCUUCCUCAUCCUCUACAGUAGACAAAAAGAAGUCAGAGAACCGAAAACGGAGGAAGCUUAGCACUUCCCCGAGCACAGCAUCUCCAACAGGGUCAGCAACAACAUCCGCCAAGAAAUUAAGACCAGCGGCAAGCACACCCAUCUCUAAUGCAACCAAAGAACAGACCAACCAAGAGACCAAAAAUGGCAUGUCUGCCCAACGGGAAGGGAGCAGGUCAGAUCUGCAAAGCUCCAAGUCUGCUUUUUCCAAGGUGAAACCUCCAGAGCACAAGGCAUCAUCAAGGACUGGCUCCCCUGCUUUAAAAGUGACGGGCCAGUCCUCACCUGAUUUGAGUAAAUUGAAUGCAAAUACCAGCAAGGCACAUUCAAAGUCCCCUCUACUCACGAAACACACAUCAAGCCCUGUCAUCGGUAGCAAGCUGUCACCAGCUGUUGUUGGGUCUGACAAAGCCGGUAGGUCCUCACCAUCUGUGAAAGCAAAACAACCCAGAUGUUCCAACAGCACAGACUCAAACCGCCUUGAUGUGACUGAUUCCACUGCUCUUACAGGUGAAAGAACUCAGGGGACGACGCACAAAGACAGCGCUGCCACAAAUCGGCUGCAAAGUAAAUCCCCAAACACACACAACACACUCCAGGACUCCAAUUCUAGUUCUGCAACUGUAAAGUUACGGUCUCCCGCUGCGUCCGUGGAAGAACGAUGCGCAACUCCAACACACACUGCAUGCUGUGCCCCAUACAUCAGCCACGACCACAUGCUACCAGAAUCUCAGUCCUCCGACCAAGUUCUACAAGAAACAGACAGUUCUAGAGUGUCUUUUUCAAUAUUUGAUGAUGACUACGAUGAAGAGGAUGAAACCCUCAGCGAGGAGAGGUAUGACAGGGCAACCGUAGAUUUUGAGAAAGUACCAGCUGUGACGUCAAGUCUUACUCAAAAAGCUGACACUGACAGGCCUCCGAGUUCAAACCUUGUUGAUGAUGCCUUGCCUGGUGCAGACUUGGAGGUGGAUGGCCAACCAAUGGAUGCACCAGAGGCUCUUCCCACCCAAGACGCUCAUGUACACCUCGAGGAAGAGCCAGCACCAGCUAGACCGGUGACAGCAGACGACCUCACCAGGGUCCACUCACAACAGUGGGAUGGUGUUAACGGUUGCUACAGUGACCGCAACGAGUGGUCUGACUGGACACAGUGUCUCUCCAUUACCACACAAGAUGACAAUGCCUUGCAUAUAUUACCAUAUAUUUGCCUGGAUUAAUUCUUGGAGCUGCGUUCAGAAGUAGACUUGACAAAAUUUAUGAAAUGAAUUACAGACAAAACGUCCAAACUCAAAAUUUGUUUUUUUGGCAGCAGGUUGCUCAGGCAGCUUGCAUUGUUUUGUUCAGUAAUAUCAAUCCAAAAAGUUGGUUAGUUAUGCAAUAACAAUAUUUUUUUCUUUGGCUUAGUUCAUCUGCCGUAAGUAUUUGCGUUACUACGUGUAAGACAGAUUGUUCCUUAAAAGUCUGUUUGUCCCAAGUUGAAUUUGUGCGUGUCGUCAACUGAAAAGGUAGCCAAUCACUCCACUCUUUCGCUCCACAUGUACAACAGUUGUAGAAUGCAAACCUUGUUGGGCUGAGAACUGCUUCAAGAAGUUCAUGUGAAACCACUACACGGACUCCACUGAAUACAUGAACAUACAUGUACCCAGAAGCAUCUGCUUAGCGAUGCUGGAAGCUUCUUGAUAGUGCUUUUCUCACAGCCUUGCCUGAACAUGGUUACGGUACUUCCCAGUCAUUCUCGGGCAAGUGUAACUCGGCAUGUGUUUGUGUCUGAUCAGUAAACAUACAGGUAUUUUCACUCGACUCCAAGGCCAGAAGCAUAGAGACUUUAGGGUAAACAUUUACAGGGUCACGAUGUCGGGUAGAGAAAUUUCCAAAUUGAUCGUUCAAAUAGAUUCUCAUGUUCUAUGAAUUGCUAGGGUUUAAACCUACACGUUGUUGUGUUGUGUGAAACUGAAUGAAGUAAGGAGAAUUCAGGGCUGUUGGGGUUAAGAAAAAUGGUUUGGUAUGGCGCGUUUUCUUUUGAAUUCUGUUUGGCAGUUGGCAUUAUUGGCUUCUCCACAGUGCCGCGUAGCUACUAGGGGUUUGAAGUACUAUGAAUCACUUUGCAGCUGACAACAGUGUAAUCCACAAACCCUUACAAAUCCUUCACGAUCAAUGAAGAUUUUAGAGAGAUUCAGGACAGUGCGUAUAUGUAUACAGCCUGAGCACUAAUUUUUUAUUCAUGAUUUCCUGGACACUGGAGCAUUUUGCCGAAUAAAUUAAUUUGAGGAUGCCGUUCUUAUUACAUGUAUACCCUGGCUAACUCUGCCGUUAUCACAGUUAUGUUGGAAAGGGGCCGUUGUCAGUUGAAUGAACCGGGGGGGGGGACUAGAAGAUGUUCAACUGUUUAAAUGUGGUUCUAUUUUUUUGGCCAUUUGUCCCAUUUGUUGUUUGUUGGACGUCCAUAGGGUUAAUCACAUAAAGUGUCGCAUCACACAACAAGGUUAAAUACAUUUACUACAUUCUGAAGCUGUCUGGUGUUGCAUUUGAUUGCAGUUAGAAACAAAAGCAAUUCGUAUUGAAAAGGCUAAUUAGUACACUUGAUUUCUCCCUGCCAUUCUAGCUGUCAACAGGUAUUUCAAAGUAAAACACUCUGUAUUUUCAUUGUGGAGCGUUAUGAAGUAGAUAGAGAACUUCUAAUUGAAAUAAGACACUUUCGUUUAAUUUUUGUGAAUUGAAAUGUGAGAUUUGAUAUUUUGAUAUUAAAUAUUGCUAUAACAGCACAAUGUGAGGAUUUAGAAGAAAAGUACGCUAAGUGAUUUGGAAUAUUAAAGACAAGGUUUUGAAGUUGUUCUGGGCUUGGUUGCUACUCCAUCAGUUCGAUAAGGGAUGGACUGAUGAGAAUUGUGUUGAAGACUGAAGUUGGGCAGUUUGGUGCACCUCUUUGGCCGAGGCUUAGGAACGAUAUCACUACACAUCACUACAACCCCUGACUGGUCAUUACUUACCAUCAAGAUCAUACCAAAGUUUGACUGGAAACUGCGUUCGAGAUUUCAUGUCCAAUAUUCCCGAUUGGCCACUUCACAAAGAAGGCUUUCUUGAACAUUUUUGUGAACCGUGCAAUUGCACGAAUGCACAUGUACAUCAAAGUCAUGCUACACACCUACCCACCAAAGCGACGCUGGCCGUACAAUCCAAUCGCUAACUUUAAUCAGUUUGAUAAUAAGUCAGGGCUCUUUGUUAUUGUAUGCUGCACAUGGCUGUGAAAUUGUGAAGUGCGAUGGCCCUGAAUGGACACUGCCUUAAGUUUGUGAAAUACUCAAUAAGAGUAACCACUACCUGCGAUAUAUAUGCGAAUCAGUUGGAUUGAACAAAAUGGGUGUUCUUUGUACAAUAUGGAUUUCAUGUUAUAAAACAAAAUCAGAGCUGUGAUGUCUCCUCAAGGCCGCUGUAACAACACAAUUUUAGUGGUUACUAAAGAAGCUUCAGUUUAUAUAUAAACUGUUGUAGUUUGCCGGCCGAAUGUCAAUUCUGUCUUGCUAAUCAAAGAGUAUCUUGAAACAUUUUUGAUUGAGGAAAUAUUACUACAUACAUGUAGUUGGUUUUGCCGUUGACGAAAAUCUGAGGAAGAGUUGUAAUUGGAUUGAAACAAGUAAGUAAAUGUGUUUCGUUUGGAUUGAGUCGAGCAAUAAUAAAAAAGGAAAAUUGCUAUAGAA